AUGGGCGCCUUUGCUUUGUGUGUGGAGAGCGCGACGCGCGACAUCCGAUCGCUUCUUACACUACAUCGCGUGCAUCCGCAGGUGCGAACCGACAUUCAGCGCAUUCUCAGCAGUCUUCUCCGGAAGAGCUACGAGCACACGGCCGUGCCCUUCUUGAAGGACCUCACCGAAUCCCCAGAGCAGGUGUGCCGGGAACUCGUGAAUAACAUCGUGGAGGAUGCCUUCAAGACAGCACUUUCGGCGUCGGACAUGCACGCCAUGGAGCACCACUGUAUAAAGCUCGAACAGGACAACGCCGACUUGAAGGCCGCCGCAGACCAAGCCGACAAACGUGUGGCGGAGGUGAAGGAGGUGCUGUCCGACCUCAAGAAGGCGCACGACUACAUGCUGCAUAGUUACUUUAGGGAGGUCCUGGUACUGCGUCACCGCAUAGACGAUCUUCAGCGACACCUUCGCACUCGGCGAGUGCACACCAUGAACUUCACACCCCACCUUGGUAGCUGUACUGCCUCGGUUAUCCCCACAAUGGAGUCUCAACUGCAGCAGUUUCCCUUCAACCCAAGCACUGCCACAAGGCAGGACGAGCCAGUGAGUAGUCCGUCGCCUUCUACGCUCACGGCCCCGCCGUGCGGCUCAUUGGGCGAGGACUCGGACGCAGGUGAGGACUUUGUCCGUCAGCAGGUUUCCACUCCCAUCAGUCCUUGCAGGGAGGAGUGUGCUGCUGACCCCCAUGUGCAAAUGAGUCUAGCCGGCUCUGCGCCGGCUGCACUCGUAGAUGCCAAGCGGUGGGCCGAGACUCCACGCCUGAGGCGAAAAGCCCGCGAUACCCGCAUCACCUUCCCGGUCAAUGCCGCUUCUCGUGCGCCAGUGCUGGCACCACCGCGCGCUGUGACGAUGCCGAAAAAUACACCGUUGGAGGUAUUCAACACACCGGGGCCUGAGAGCGUUGACGCAAUCUUUGAUUACGAAGAGUACAUUCGCCUUCUCAACGGCAAGGCUGGCGUCUGGGUCCAGCGUUUUGCGGAUGCGAUGAAUGCCCCCGAGCGUGGGGGCGCGUGGCAGCGCCACUCUCCAAUACCUGCGCGCACUCGCCUCAUCUCUGAGAUGCACCUUCUCGACAGCAGCGGCGUCAGCAGCCUUACCGCGCACCUCGGCGACUCCUCCGGCGCUACGGCACUUUUGCACGAGAGGGAGAAAGCCAGUGGGUUCUACUGGUUGUUGCACCUUGCACUGGAACCUAUCCAACACAAGUUUCACAUCGAGCUGGACAAGCUGCGGCAGGCGGUCGAGGCCAUGCAGCGAGAGCACGCAGACCAAGUACAGCUGAUUCAGCGCGCACUCUUGAUAUUGCAGAGUCGUACCGAUGCACUUCUCGACUUCCUCAACACGUUUGCGCAGCAGACUCGGCACACCUUGUCGGUGGUGACUCGUGAUGUGCAAGCACAGAGCAUAAUAGAGCUCCUGUCCAGCGGUGCGCUGCCGGUUGCGGCGGCUGAAACAGUUGCGUCCUUUUUUACUCCUGCCAGUUCAGCGGCAACACCAAACGGCCAACCAUCUCCAUCCUCGACGCCAGUUUUGCAGCUAGGCACGCCAUCGCUCCCGUUGGUGCCCUACCCGGAGUCGAGUCAGGGGCCGACGGUGCCGCACUUGCUUCGCAGAAAGUGGCGCCUGAAGCCAGGCGUGGCCCUUCAAGCGCAGACACAGGCUUCAGCCAUGGCUUCCAUGAAUCAGCGGCUGGGAAAGGCGGCUUCAGUGAAGGCGACGUGCAGCAUGUCGGAUGCCCCUACGAACGCUGCCGAGGAGGUCAACUACUACCGCGCUGACCUUGGUCUUUCCUACUGGAGUGCGCACCCCGUCACUUCAGACGCACAGAGGAUCUUCGGCGAGCUUCAAGAGAUCGCCGCUGCGAUUCGCGCGACGCGGGUGCAGCAGCUCUAUGCGUUCGAGGAGAACGCCACCGGUGGCGGGCGUCCUGUGGGGAGGAAGGGCCGACGCACCGCAGCCUCGAGCCGACACGGCGAUGGCAACCACCACAGGUGUCGCUCCCCGCACCUGCUGUCCGGAGACAGCGGCAACGCUUCCUUCUUCUACUUUCGCGAUGGCAGCGUGGACGGAGACAGCGUGUCUGGGCCCUUGGCAACACAUCACCGACUGCGGGAGGGCUGGCGCACGGCUCCUGCCAGUGGGGCGGACGGGCAAACAGCUGCGGACUUGCUGCGCGAGCUGGCAGGCCUGCGCAUGCGCCGCGCAUGUGACCAGAGGCGACUAAAGGUGGUGCAGGCAUCGUUGCUGCAGGGGCUCGAAAAGGACCCUGUCGCUUUCAUGAGAGAGCGAGCCGCAGGUGGCGCCGCUGACCCGGAGGCAGAGGCGCCGCAUCUGUAUUUCUCGUCGUCCGAGGGGGUGCUAAGGACUCGUGCGCUGCAGCAGCUCCGCACACGAACGCAGCAGCGGCUGAGGGGGACGUCGCAGCACAUUGCCGAGCUUCAGAAACUGCUCGACUUGCACUGUAGCCGUUACCAGUUGGAGGACUCCGAGGACUUGCUCGCGUGGGAGGUGGCGCGGAGGAUCGCGACCGAGGGGUCGCCGGGACAGCUUCGCGUCAAGGGCACCUUGAAUCCAGCGGAUCAGCUGUGGAGUUCUCCCUACUUAAAUGACACUAUACUGGACGCGAACGAUCAGCAGCAGCAGCAGCAGAGGGGUGCCUAUGAUAGCCACUCUCGUGAAGAGUUGAUGUACCUUCCGAUUGGGAUGGCGGGGGCACGAGGCGCAGUUGGCAACUGUGUCGCUGAGUCUGGAGGGUGUAUCAUGCUGGGCAGCUCUGCCAUCUCUGCCGCUUCGCUUGCCUCAGCGUCAAUGGCAACAAGCAAGGGUGUCGGGGGAGGCAACGGAGACGCGGAGUCGCCUGCGAUGGUGGCUCGCAUCACACCGUUUGUGGCCGUUAUGGAUUACUGCCGGGGAGUGCAGCUGGGCCGUCCGCUUGGUCGGCGUGCCGGGCCCGUAUAUCUUUUUCAGGAUCAUGCAAGCGGAGACUACUACGUCGGCGAUCAAGCAGGCCGCAACGUGCUGAAGGCCGCCGACGACUCCGCUGGUAAUGCGGCGGUCGGCAUGCGGGGAGAGGCGGACACUCAACGGUCGUUGCUACCCAUGACACGCAUUUUGUUCCCAGCGCCAAUAAGGCCCACCGCAGUGACUACCACUGCCGACGUCUCUUCGGCCACGCCAUCCGUGCUGGCAUCUGUUUCAGCGACUGCGGCACUGCAUCCCACCUAUCUUGUGCCCAUGGCGAUCCCCCUCUCGGACGAAGAGGCGGUGAUACGGGAGGGCUGGCAAGCAUGCCACCGACACGGCCACGCACGUUGCGAUCCCAUCUAUUACAUGACGGUGGCACCUCUUCCCCUUUCGAAGUCGUAUCAUCACGUUGUGCCGCAGCCAGGAAACUCUGACGCUGUCGCUCAUGGGAAGGUGGUAGCUAGCGCGGCUGCAGUUGCGCAGAGUGUCUACAGCGGGGCACCUAUGAACCGCUACCUUCGUAGCCUACCGUGCGUGUUUCAGCCGGCCGACGAGGCCGCUGCAAUCGUGCGUGUCCGCGCCAUGCACCUGCAGCAGCGCCAAGCUGCGAACGAAUCUUUUCCUAAUACCGCGGAGGUGGACAGUGGCACCGCCUGCGCAAGCUCCGGCCUCCCAUCGACAGGCAUCACAGCGAACCUGGCAGCGACCGUGACACCCACGUUGCCAUCCUUGGUGAGACCUCUCUCCGGCUACGCCCCCUCCUCCCCCGAGGUGCAUCUGCUCGAUGAGGAACUGCUGCUUACCGCUGACUUGCGAGAGAGCCGAAGCACAGCGGCAGCCGCGCCGCUUCCUGGAAGCUCCAGCAGUCGUACUGCAGCACUAUUAGCGCUGUCUCCUUCGUCAGGACUGGACACCAGACUAGCUACAACGGCACACGACAACGCACCAACCCUUGCCAAGGCAGUACUUCCCGCCUCUGCCGCAGCUGUUCCUGCGACGUCAGUCUUUUCUUCCACUGACUCUUCCCCUCCUCUUACCGCAGCACUCGUGCUGGCGAAGGAGCGGCGCAAUGCGCGGCUUGCCAAGGAGGCAGCACACUCAACACAGGCGAAGAUGAUACGGCAGAAGUCGUUGCAAAACCAAUCUCUGAUGCGUACGGCACCGAACAAGGAGGGCGACGUGCCGCGCGCUCCGCCGCAUCGUCUUUUCCCCCUUAGUAGCACCCAUUCCGAUAGCGAGGCGCCGUUUGUGCUGCCCUUCCCCACUGACUCUGCAAGGUUGCAGCGGCAGAUACGUCCAGAGAAGUACUCGCUGAAGCCGCCGCCGCCGUCGUCGCGGUGGCGAGAGGUGAACGGCGGCGGCAUUAAUGCCUGGAACCUCAACAGCGACGCGUCUUAG